AUGUCUGAACUCCGCUCUGCUGUUUACAUCGCACCUCCAGUCCCUUUUAAGAGCCCAGACAAAGGAAGCCGCGGAGGCCUUUGGUCACCCAUCUCCUGUACGCUCAUCUACUCCGCUACCGAAGCAGUUUUAGUCGACACACCCAUCACCAUCCAGCAAACCCAAGGACUCAUCGCAUGGAUCGAACGCAUCGCUCCAAAGCGAAAGCUAUCCUACAUUUACAUCACACACGGACACGGAGACCACUUUUUCGGGCUGCCACUGUUGGUGCAGCGAUUCCCUGAAGCCAAACCCGUUGCUACAGCGGCCACUCUGCGGCAUAUGGAGCAGCAGAUCGAAGAGAAGAAUUUUGAGGCGCAAUGGGGGUCUCGGUUCCCGGGGGAGAUCCAGCUACCAUUUGUUUUGGCUCAGGCCCUACCAUCAAGCAAUGAAUUCACACUCCAAAAUAAGUGGUUGUUCCAGGCAAUCGAGGUGGGCCACUCCGAUACCUAUGAUUCUACCGCGUUGUGGGUUCCCGACCUCCGGCUGGCAGUUUGCGGAGACAUCGUGUACGGACAGGUACACCAGAUGCUGUUUGAAGCCAAUACGGCCGCCAAACGUGAAGACUGGAUCCGAGCGGUCAAUAUUAUUGAGGCUCUGGAUCCUUUGUAUGUGGUCCCGGGUCAUUGCCAGGAAGGGGAGAUCAUGGGCCGCUGGCAUCUGACGAAUACGAAGCAAUACAUAAGAGAUUUUGCAAAGGUAAUGGAAAGGAACCCAAAAUCUACUAGAGAUAUUGUGGAAGCCAUGACGAAGUUGUAUCCGGACCGAUACAAUACUGGCGCGCUUAUCAUGGGUGCUAUGGGCGCUAUUCAGGCGGCGAAGAGAUCUCGAAUUUAG